CAGGGCACCGCUCUCCGCCUCUCCCAGCGCUCGCACCCGCACCCACAUCAACAUCAGCAUGAGCAUGAGCAUGAGCCGCGUCCUGCUCCUUGCCGCCCUGCUGGCCGCCUGCGCCGCGCUCUGCCGGGGGGCGCCCGUGACCGGCGAGCUGCGCUGCCAGUGCCUGCAGACCGCGUCGGAGCGCCUGGGCCCGCGGCGCCUGGCCCACGUGGAGCUCAUCGCCGAGGGGCCGCACUGCCCCGUGCCCGAAGUCAUCGCCACCCUGAAGGACGGCCGCAAGCUCUGCCUCAACCCCGCGGCGCCCUGGGUCCAGCUCAUCAUCAACAAGAUCCUUCGGGGGCCUGCCACGCUAUGAGGGAAGAGGUGGAAGUGAAGAAGUAGCUACACCUGAGCCCAUCUGUGUCUGGAGGAAGACCUGUUACCGGAAAACUGUCAAAGUGACCUCCUGCUCAGCAGGGGCCUGAUCCACCA